AUGACAACCAAUACUGAAACUAUGGUGAACCUAGUGGAUACUCCAAUUGAUUCAACGCCAAGCGAGACAUCCACUGUUGAAGAAAAUCGGACAUUGAGACAUGUUAUUGCACAAUUUUUGCAAGCCUGGGCCAAUGGACAAGAACCACCAAAGUCUAUUCCUAAGUAUGGUCCAUUUUAUAAUUCUGCGAUCGUUCCAUCAACAACAGGCCCUCAAGGCAUGCCAUUCAGGAAUAAUCUUAAUGUCACACCAUCUGCACCAAUCUAUACUCUCCAACAACCAAUUGUGGUGCAGAGAGCAGCUCAAGAGGGACAUUUCACCACUCAUCCAGAGAAGUACCAUACUCCUGGGAUAGAAUUUGGGGGCCCUAACUAUGUAAAAUUCGGUACCCCAAUUGAUGUUGAGAGGCCCACUCAAAGCUCAGAGCAAGAAGAAAUUUUGAAAAAAAUGAAAAGAAUCGAGCAACACAUGAAGACUGUGAAAAGGUUAAGAGGGCAUAAAAGUAUCACAUUCAAAGACUUGUGUAUGUUACCAAAUGUCCACAUGCCACCUGGGUUCAAAACCCCUAGGUUUGAUAAGUUUGAUAGGCACGGUGAUCCCAUAGCUCAUCUUAAGAGAUAUUACAAUCAGCUUCGGGGUGUAGGGGGUAAAGAAGAAUUGCUCAUGGAUUAUUUCGGUGAGAUCCGGUAUUGCCUGUAA